GGGGGCAUCAGCUCCUUGUAAUGGGGGAGCGAGCGAUGCGGUGAAUCCGAGGAAGGAACUGCCUCGAUGGAGGCUUCGGCACCGUGACCGCUAUCGGGAUUACCCCUUCUACUAACGCAUAGCCUCGAACGCUGGAGAAAGCAGGCAUGUCCCGUGCCUCCAGCAGCGACAUGGAAGCCGAGCUUUACUUCCUGAUUGCCCGGUAUCUGCAGUCCGGACCGUGCCGGAGAACAGCCCAGCUGCUGGCGGAAGAGCUGGAGGAGAACCAGCUAAUCCCGCACCGCCUGGACUGGGAAGGAAAGCGCCACUCGCGAACUUAUCAGGACCUGGUGGCGUCUAACAGUCAUAUCACUACCGACUAUUUGCUGAGAGUUUUCGAGCGUAUUGGACCCCUCCUAGACCGGGAGAUCCCGCAGAGCGUGCCUGGUCUACAGAGUCUUCUUGGAGUAGGGAAACAAUCCCUGUUAAGAAGAGCUAAAGAUUGCAGACAUACGCCAUGGAGAGGGUCCGCUUUGGCAGCCCUGCACCGAGGGAGACCCCCAGAACUUCCAGUCAAUUAUGGAAGGCCCAUCAAUGUUGUCAAUAUCAUCUCAGCGAGAGCUCUAACUGGAUGUGCUCGAUUCAACCACGUAUUCUCAUCCUCAAUGUACCAGCAAAUAAAAAUGCACAAGAGGAUCCUGGGUCAUUUGUCUUCCGUCUACUGCGUGGCGUUUGACCGCAGCGGAAGGCGUAUUUUUACAGGAUCAGAUGACUGUCUGGUGAAAAUAUGGGCCACAGACGAUGGACGUCUCCUCUCAACGCUUCGAGGGCACUCGGCGGAAAUUUCUGACAUGGCUGUGAAUUAUGAGAACACCCUGAUUGCUGCUGGUAGUUGUGACAAGGUGGUGCGCGUUUGGUGUCUUCGCACGUGUGCACCGGUAGCAGUGCUACAGGGUCAUACAGCCUCAAUCACUUCCAUACAGUUCUGUCCAGCAUCAAAAGAAAAAACUAGAUACCUCACAUCUACCGGUGCUGAUGGGACAAUCUGCUUUUGGCAAUGGCAUGUGGACAGCAUGACGUUCAAUGAACGUCCAGUAAAGUUUGCGGAGAGAUCCAGGCCUGGAGUUCAGAUUUCCUGUUCUUCCUUUAGUUCAGGUGGUAUGUUCAUAGCUACGGGCAGCACGGACCACGUGAUCAGGAUAUAUUACCUGGGAUCCGGUUCGCCUGAGAAGCUAGCGGAGCUCGAGGCGCAUGUGGAUAAAGUUGUCGCUGUCCAGUUCUGCAACAAUGGAGACCGCUUGUGCUUCGUCAGCGGCAGUAGGGACGGAACGGCAAGGAUUUGGCAAUAUCAGCAGCAAGAAUGGAAAAUGACUGUGCUGGACAUGGCGACCAGGAUGGCGGGAAGCAGCGUUGCAAAUUCAGAGGACAAGGCUCCCAAGCUAAAAGUCACGAUGGUGGCCUGGGACCGGUCAGAUACCACGGUCAUUACCGCAGUCAACAAUUUCCAUUUAAAAGUAUGGAACUCUCUUAGUGGCCAACUUCUACACGUGUUAUCCGGUCACGACGAUGAAGUAUUUGUGCUUGAAGCCCAUCCAUUUGAUCCCAGGAUUCUUUUAUCUGCCGGUCACGACGGGAACAUUUUUGUUUGGGACCUAGAAAAAGGAUUGAAAAUUCGUAACUACUUUAACAUGAUCGAGGGCCAAGGACACGGGGCCGUUUUUGAUUGCAAGUUCUCCCUCGACGGGCAGCACUUUGCCUGCACCGAUUCCCACGGCCAUCUCUUGCUGUUUGGAUUUGGAUGCAGCAAAGCUUAUGAAAAGAUCCCAGAACAAAUGUUCUUCCAUACGGACUUCCGACCUCUCAUCCGAGACGCUAACAACUACGUGCUGGAUGAACAAACGCAGCAGGCCCCGCAUCUCAUGCCACCGCCGUUCCUUGUAGAUGUAGAUGGAAACCCCCACCCUACCAAGUUCCAGCGGCUGGUGCCUGGCCGUGAAAACUGCAAGGAUGAGCAGCUCAUACCGCAACUAGGAUAUGUUUCCAAUGGUAAUGGCGAAGUGGUGGAGCAAGUGAUCGGUCAGCAGACGGAGAACCAAGGAAGUAUCCUGGAUGGACUGAUCAGGGAGCUGCAGAGAGAACAGGACCAGAGGCAGCCAGAUGAUGGGGUUACGGAUCCGAGCCCUACCGAUAAUCCGCAGCAUAACAGACUGGACUACAGAAGCGGCUUUGCCAGAAGUCAAAGUUUGGACUUAACAUCCCCGCCUAACGUGGGCCUGCGACGUAGCGGCCAAAUUGAAGGCGUCCGACAAAUGCACCUUAAUGCUCCAAGAAGCCAAAUUGCGACUGAACGGGAUCUCAUGGCAUGGAGCAGGAGGGUGGUGGUGAACGAGCUAAAUCCUGGCGUUAGCAGGGUCCAGGAGGAUUGUCGAGCUGCAAAGGGUGAAAUGGAGGUUUUCUUGUACAAUACAGAAAAAAAGAGGAAGCCCCCUCACAAUACACAGAGAAAUGAACACCAAGUAUCCGGUGGGAGAUCCUUAAGGAAAAUACAGAGGAAACGUCCGCAUGCCUAUCAGACGCGUUCCACGAUCGAGCAGGACAGGCAGACUAAUGUCCUUGAGUCAAAUCCGGAUGAUUCUCCAAGCUCCCAAGAGGAUGAGGAAUCCCGGAGUUCCAGCGAGGCUUCCGCUGCCGAAACUGCGACUCGAUGGCAAACGGAGAGCUCAUCCAGUGAGACUUCAAGUGAAUACUCGGACUGGACGGCCGAUGCGGGGAUCAAUCUCCAGCCCCCCAAACGACAAACAAGACAGACAACCAGGAGAAUGUCUAGUAGCUCCGAGGAUGAAAACGCUAGAGAGGAAGAAAAGCCUCGGAAACACAAACAGACCAGGAGAAAGAAACAGAGCGAACUCCUCUCAAUGGAAGGAGAACCAAGCGAAGAGUGGAUCCCCCCACAGUGGAUCCUCGAUACCGUGCCACGCCGCUCCCCCUUUGUGCCGCAGAUGGGCGACGAGGUUAUUUAUUUCAGGCAAGGACACGAGGCUUACGUACGGGCUGUGAGAAAAUCUAAAAUUUACAGUGUUAACCUGCAAAAACAACCAUGGAACAAAAUAGAUCUAAGGGAACAGGAGUUUUUAAAGGUUGUGGGAAUUAAGUAUGAGGUUGGACCCCCAACACUCUGCUGCUUAAAGUUUGCCAUUCUGGAUCCCACCUCAGGCAAAAUGAGCAGAGAGUUCUUCUCUGUCAAGUAUCAUGACAUGCCUGACGUUAUUGACUUCCUUGUACUUCACCAAUUCUACAAAGACGCGAAGGAGAGGAAUUGGCAGAUUGGAGACCGCUUCCGCAGUAUUAUAGAUGACGCCUGGUGGUUUGGGACAGUGGAGAGUCAGCAGCCCUUCCAGAUGGAGUAUCCGGAUAGCCUGUUCCAGUGCUACAGCGUUCACUGGGAUAACAACGAAAGAGAGAACAUGAGCCCGUGGGACAUGGAGCAGGUUCCAGAAGACACAGCUCUGCCAGAUGAAGUCGGCGCCGGAGUUCCCGUCACGGCCGAUGAACUGAAAUCUCUGCUCUACAAACCCGAGGAAGGAGAGUGGGGAUCCAAGUCGAGAGACGAAGUGUGCGAGAGAGUUAUCAGAGGAAUCGAUCAGCUUCUAUCGCUCGAGUUUGCCAGCCCGUUCAGUGCCCCGGUGGACCUGAGUGCCUACCCUUUGUAUUGCACCGUCGUGGCCUAUCCCACGGACCUGAGCACCGUCAGAAAGAGACUAGAGAGCAGAUAUUACAGGAGGAUUUCUGCGUUGAUGUGGGAGGUCCGAUACAUUGAGCACAACGCCAGGACUUUCAAUGAGCCCGACACGCCGAUCGUAAAAGCUGCCAAAAUCGUGACCGACGUGUUGUUGCGAUAUAUUGGGGACGAUAAUUGCACUGACAUUCUAGAGAUCUACCACCAAGUGAAAAGCGAGGAUCUUGGGAAUACAGAUGAAGAAGAUGAGACUGCUGCAGUUGAAAUGGAAUCAGAUGUACCAGGAACAUCCUCCGGACGAGCAGUGACCAGGAGAACGAAAAGGCAACUGCUCCGCUCGAACCCUGACUCGUGGAAGGAUAAAUGCAAGGAGCUUCUGGACCUGAUCUAUGAACGGGAAGAUUCCGAGCCAUUUAGGCAACCGGUCAAUCGUGUCUCUUACCCAGAUUAUCAGGAUGUUAUAGAAACCCCCAUGGACUUUAGUACCGUGAAAGCUACCCUGGAAGCUGGGAAGUACGGCGAUCCUGUGGAAUUUGGCAGAGAUGUUCGCCUGAUUUUUAGUAACUCCAAAGCCUACACGCCGAAUAAGAAAUCCCGGAUCUACAGUAUGACCCUUAGGCUGUCUGCAUUGUGUGAAACGCACAUCAAAGAGAUCAUCUCUGAUUACAAGUUGGCCAUGCAGUUACAGCAGCGGAAGAGGCAAAAAUACCGCAGGAGAAUUCGAAGCAGCAGCAGUUCUGGCUCAAGCAGUAGAGCAUCUAGCCCCAUAGCAAAACCAAGGAAAGCAAAGCUUCAGCCAAAACACAACCAAAGCUCCACUUUACCGCUGUCAAGGACCAGCUCAUCAUCUGCAUCGAACAUGUCUGACACGGCUGCGGAGCCCGAUGCUGUAUCAGACAUCGAACAAAUGGAUGAACCACAAUCUUCUUCUACAUCUACCAAACAGAACAAAAGCGACACAGAGCCCGAGGAAGCGAGUAGCACGAAGGCCAAAUCCUCCUCCGUGAAAGAUACAGAACUCACCAACGGGACUCUCACAAACGGUGACGGCAGAGAGACUCCCAAAACCAAAAGAAAGUUGGAAAGUUCUUCUGAAGACGAAAGCCAAGGAGAAGACGAAGAGAAGAUGGAAGCCGAGUCGCCGUCUGUAAAAUCUCGUCGCUCCUCUUCAUCCUCCGAAAGCAGAGAUUCUGAGUCCAGCCUAAACUCAAAGAGCGAGUCGGAGUCUGAGAGCAGUUCUGACUCGGAGCUGUCGACUAAAUCGGAUCAAGAUUACGUCGACGGCGACCACGAUUACAGUAAAGUAGCGCAGAAGAAACUGAAUAAAUACGGCAACGGGAAAAUCAAAGGGCGAGGACGCGGACGGGGCAGAGGAAAGCGGCAGGCGAAAGGCUGCAACCGUAGCAGCGACGAGGGUCUCCAAACAGCGAAGGGCCGGGGCAGAGGCAGAGGUAGGUGCAAAAAGGACGUCCCCAGAAGCCCUGCGGUGAAACGGACGCAGGAAACAGACGACGAGGACGACGACCAUGACGAGGACGAUGGGGAAGAAAGUGACUAUGUAGGGCAGUUGAGGAAAAAGCCGAGGAUAAAUACAAGGAACCAGGGCAGAAGAACGGUGUUGUACAAUGACGAUUCAGACAACGACCCCGAUGGUUUGGUGCAAUUUGACGAUCCCUUGAACCUUGGAACAUCGAGAUCUGGAAGAGUGCGUAAAAUGACCGAAAAGGCCAGAGUGAGCCAUCUCAUGGGGUGGAAUGGUUGACGACCCUCGGCUGAUAAUCCCUUUUAUUUUCUACUCUUCUUUUUCAAACGUAUGGGUCUUCUACUGCAGGGAUUUUAUUUGAAUGACUUCCUAGGAUGGUGAUUUGUGGGACUGUCUAACCUUCAGCGGUGGUGCUUUUUUUUCCAUGCAAUUGCGCAUGUACUAAUCAAUCGCAUAUUAAGGGCCAGCCUUACGUAUUAAGUCUUAAGACUUUUUUUCUUUACAGCCACAAAAGAAAUCCGACACUACAAAUUUCUAAAGGUGCAGCUUCCAGUUCAAUACAAGAGGCAUGAAACCAUUUUAUUUUUAA